ACUAAAUAGCUUCUUUUUUUCAAAGGCUUCUGGGAUAUUUUUUUCUCCCUGUUCUUGGUUGCCGUAUGCGUUUGUCAGCGUUUGAGUGUACUGCACUAAAUGAAGACUAGACUGUAGCUGCGAUCUAAACCACGCUGCAGGAGAAGCACCACCAUGGAGGACCAUUGUAGCAUCUACUCCUGGUUUGCCCACCCUGUGUAUGGCCACUACUGGCAGCAUUACCAGCAGGCUAUGAACUGGCACCAGAGACACAGACAGGCCUACAGAAAGGCCUGGGAGGCUGCCUAUGGGCCAGGGUACCCCCAACGCUACGCAGACUGGCAUGGGGGAGAGGGUGAAGGGAGGAGAGCAGAGGAGACGGUCGCUGCUAAGGACCAUGUGGAAGAGGAUUUGGAGGGGGGUGCAGAUGACGAGGAGGGGGACGGGGAAAGUGGCUCGGACAGCGAAAUCGAAUGUGAUGUCAGCAACAUGGAGAUCACAGAGGAGCUGCGCCAGUAUUUUGCCCAGACUGAGCGGCACAAGGAGGAGCUCAAGAAGCAGCAGCAGCUGGAGGCGGAGCAGCAGGAUACUUACGUGUUGGCCGACCAGGACAUGCACAGAAUUUCCUGGCACGGCAGGUCGCUGCCCCCCUCUGAGCGGCCGGGCGAGCGCCGAGGCGCUGAGAUGAAGAAGCUGUACGGGGAAGACGCGGCAAAGGUUCAGGGUAUGGAGACGGCCAUGCAGCUCACCUUCGACAGAAACUGUGACAAGAAACAGCCCAAAUACUGGCCCGUCAUCCCUCUAAAACUGUAGCUCCACUACGGACAUCCAUCUUCUUCCAAUGGAGCCCACCAACACAGUUCCAGACGAGACAACCCCCUGAAACAUAGAGCUGAGAAACUGGGUCAUGUUCAGAAGGGAGGAAACUGAUCGAAACGGAGAGGUACUCCCUGCAACCUGAUCACAGUGCCUAAACAUUCCCCUCUCACCAUAAAAUCUUAUGUCAACCAACAUUUUUUGGGGAACAUUUUUGUUCUGUCAUUCUUAGCCAGUUAUUUCUGUUCUUCUGGUUUCACAAUGAAAUGACGACAAAUUCAUAAGAUGCAGGCACAAGAAGAGGACGAGUAUACACAAUUUGCAUAAAUGUUUAAGCUCCCCCAGCAAAUUGAGUUUAGACUCAAAAGUGAAAUCUUUUUUUCAGGCUACCUGUUCUGUCAACGAGCAUGGUUUCAUGUCCAGGUAGCUUUCAAUCUAUGAUCCUCUUAUUGCUGUCAAGGUAGUUAUUUUUUGUAUAUAUUUUUUUUAUUUGGGGGGGGAUUUCUUUCCUAUUUCAUUCAACCAUAAAUGAAGAAAGAGAUGGUUUUGAUUUCAUCAUCUCCAGAUACUGCAUAAUAGCCUCCGCCUCAAUGUUUGUCUGCUUCUUUCUCAACAUUCAGAUGGGUUGUAUCUGUCUCAGCGGCUCAGGUAGAACAAUGUGUUGGUUUCUUCCUCAACAUUCAGAUGGGUUGUAUCUGUCUCAGCGGCUCAGGUAGAACAAUGUGUUGGUUUCUUCCUCAACAUUCAGAUGGGUUGUAUCUGUCUCAGCGGCUCAGGUAGAACAAUGUGUUGGUUUCUUCCUCAACAUUCAGAUGGGUUGUAUCUGUCUCAGCGGCUCAGGUAGAACAAUGUGUUGGUUUCUUCCUCAACAUUCAGAUGGGUUGUAUCUGUCUCAGCGGCUCAGGUAGAACAUGUGUUGGUUUCUUCCCACGUGUCUGUUUUAUAUCAAAAUCGUUUGAUUUUUUUUUUAUAUAGAUAAGAUUGUUGAUAUAGUUUCUAAUAAAGAAUGUUUGUGAUGAA